AUCACAUCCACAGCCCACUUCAUUCGGAAGCCAUUAUUAAAGAUUAACUCUCUCUUUACUCUUUGGGGGAUCUCGAUCUCUGUUAAUGGACUAUAGCUUCUCUACUCGCGCAAUUAAUUCUCUCCAUUUUUCACCAUCUGCGGUAAAAUCGCGUUUUUUACCCUCGAUUUUCACUCCCUCUUUCACCCUCGAGUUCGCCGGUCGGAGUCUGUCUAGUACCGGUGCUUUUUUUCGACGGGAAGUACGACUGCCGCUGGUUCUGGUUGCUAGAGCAGGGUCUAGCCACUGCGAGCCCAGCAGUAGUAGCUUGAACACGCCUCUUGAGCCGCGUUCUGCUGCUGGGAAGUUUUUGAUUAGUGUGUUUCAGAAUCAGAGACAGUUGUUUCAUGUUGCGGUUGCUGAUGAGUUGAAGCGUUUGGCUGAUGAUAGAGAUGCUGCUGUUUCUCGCAUGUUUCUUAGCUCCGCCUCCGAUGAAGCCCUGCUUCACAGGAGAAUUGCUCAACUGAAAGAACACGAGUGCCAAAUUGCUGUUGAAGAUAUUAUGUACAUGUUAAUAAUUUUCAAAUUCUCUGAGAUCAGAGUUCCUUUGGUUCCAAAACUAUCUAGGUGCAUUUAUAAUAGCAGACUAGAGAUAUGGCCCUCAAAGGACUGGGAACUAGAGUCUGUCUAUAGCUUUGAGGUUUUGGAGAUGAUAAGGGAACAUGUCUUUACGGUAAUUGGCUUGAGAGCAAAUUCUAGUGUCACAGACAGUUGGGCAACAACUGAGAUCCAACUACUACAGCUUGGUCAUGUGUAUGCAGCCUCCGUCUUAUAUGGUUACUUCUUGAAGUCUGCCUCCCUGAGGCAUAAUCUGGAAUGGUGUCUAGCUGUGCCCCACCAUGAUGUUCAUGUUUGUUGUAGGACUAUGCUUCAGUUUCCAGACUCAUUUCCCCGUGGUCUAUCAAAUCUCGUUCUUGGUCACAUAACCAACACGCAGUCCAUUUCAUCAGGUCAAGGGUCAAGCAAGCAGGAGUUGAAACGCGAAAAAUUGAAGGGCUAUGUGAUGGGUUUUGAUGCCGAGACAUUGCAGAGAUGUGCCAAACUGAAAUCUACAGAGGCUUUGAAUUUGAUUGAGAAGCAUAGCUGUGCACUUUUUGGGGAUUACAAGAAUGGUUUGGAGGAGAAUGAUGAGGUUGUUUUGACUUCUUUUUCAAGCCUGAGGAGAUUAGUUUUGGAAGCAGUUGCUUUUGGUUCUUUCCUUUGGGACACAGAAGAAUAUGUGAACUCUGUAUUUAAGCUAAGUGAGAACUGAGAACUAUUAACAGAGAGAGAAGUUGUCAUGUAAGUACCGACAAUCUGAGUUUCCCUCUUCUUGUACAUUUGAGUUUGAUUUCUCCAUUUGCCUCUGAGAACUCAUCAGCUUAUUGUAUAGUGUAUAUUUGUACCGUAAAUAAUGUACAGUCCACAAACUGUCGUGUGUACUACUAUGGAAUUUUGAUGUUAGAUUUCAACUGGUGAAUCAUAGUCAAAAGACAUGCUCCAUUAUCUGCA